UAUACGUGCCUAUCGAGUCUUAAAUAAAACUUAUUUUCCAUAAUUAUAGAAAAAAAAGAAAAAAAAAUAGAAAAGGGAAGAAAUUGAGAGAAAAAGAGAUUGAAAGAAAUGGGUAAUGACUUUAGAAACAUAGCCGUCUAUGAACGAUCGUUAUCGAAAUGAGGAAGUCGAUUAUUAAAAAGAAUUAUCCUAAUGAGUAUGUUAAUAAGCGACAAAGUCGAGAAAGAAAAGACAGACAGACAGACAGACGACUAGAGAGAAAAAAAAGAAGAUGGCAUCUUCAUUAGAGUUUUGUCCCUUCGAAUGCAAAAUAGUAUUCCUUGGUCUUCUUGAAAAAAAAAAAAGAAAAAAAAAAAAGGAAGAAGAAGAAGAAAAAAAAUUCUUCCGAUCCGUUCGUUAGUUUCUCAACCUUCCUAAAAAAAGGAGAGAGAGAGAGAAAGAGAGAGAAACCGUUCACCAAGAUUUUGCUCUAUUUCUUCUACGAAAGGGAUGAAAAGGUGCUGGAGAAAUAAAAAAAAAGAAAAAUUUGAGAGAAAAUUGAAGAAGUGAUCGAUCGUAACUCGACUAAUUAGAGAUUAGGUCGUUAUAAAAAUAUCGGAUUGGAAUGAGGAUGGGUUAAAGAAAAGUAAUAAAUAAAUUGGUGGCUGUUAGAAUGAGAGAGACAAUCGUAAGUUAUCUCGAUUCGAUCUAUCGAUCUUGUUCCUAUCGAAUCUUGUUGCAAAUGUCCCAGCCAGUGAUCGCUUUAAUCGUAAUUUGUUUGCAAAUGCGAUUCCAACUGGACAUCACCGGCUAUGUAAUAUGUAUAUACGUGUGUAUCUUUUGUUAGUGUAUUUACAUUAUAUGUACAUGCAUAUAUAGAGAGAGAGAGAGAAUGAAUACACGUGAAUACAAAACAACAAUUUCAGAGAAUACGCAAUAGGAUCGAUAUAUACGAGAAUUCGUUGCAAUUAAUGCUUCCGAAUUGACUACGACGUCGAUUUGAAAGACUCAAACUGAAAGAGAGAGAGAGAGAGAGAGAGAGAAAUUAAACGUGUUUCGAUUCGCAAAAUUGUGUCGGUAAUAAAUAACUGUAAUAUGGUAGAACAGUAACAACAGCAACAACAGUAACACAAUAACAGCAACAACAACAAACGGUGGCUUCCAAGGGAAACGCCUAGUCGUAUUGUAUAGUAAAAUGUUCUUCCGUUUCUGCGACUGGCGCACUAAUAAUACUCAUGCAACACGAUUUACAGGCUUGUUCUGGAAUAUUUCCCUUCUUCGACAAACGGCUGGUUGCCUUUUGUGCACCGUGAGAACUACUUUGCCAAGUCGAAACGGGAAUAGCCUUGGAGCGGGCCGAAUUUCGAGUAAACUGUAAUAUCUAUUCUGUUUGAAGUAAGACAGCAAAGACAAGAGAAAGAGAGACAGAGAUUUAGAGAGAGAGAGAGAGAGAGUGAGAGAGUGAUACAUAACUACUUACAUACUUACUUACUUGCACUUACGGUAUUUACGUACAUAAGUGAAUGUAAUUUAUAAAGGAUGAAGGAUAGAAAAGGAAUGAAAUUUCUGAAAAGUUUUAUCCUAAAGCUUACAACGUAAAACAAUAAAAGUGAAUGUAACGUGCGUGUGUCUUUCGUGGAAGGAUUAAAACAACAUUCUGCGUAUAAUAAGUAUUUCGCGUUGAAGUAAUCUAAUUGUUCUCUUAUCUAACUAUCCAUCUAUUUGGCUUUCUCGAUCGGUAGUCGGAUUCUAAACACGAAUGGAAGUCAGAGUAUGUCUCGCCUAAUUCCAUCGUCAAAGUAUCUUCUAUUAGAAACGUUUCGCGUGUUCGAAGUAAGACGACAACGAGGACAACCAAGAACGUUGGCUAACUCGCGUUCCCGACGUUUCAAACCGAUGACGAUAAUAAUGUGCGAUACGAAUCGGUAUUGACAAGUUUCUUCUUUAUAUCUGAACGAAAUUCUUUUUCUCAGGGAAGAAAUAAGAGAAGAGAAGAGAAGAGAAGAAAAGAGAAGAAGAAGAGAAGGGCUUUGGGCGAGGAGAAAAAUACGGAAGGUUGAAGUAUAUACUGUUAAGGGGGUGUGGAGGAAGUAUAUAUAUAUAUAUAUGUACUGUCCAAGUCUGGAAGGUUUUAUCGUCGCGUACGUCUUUUCGUGUUCAUUCAACGAAGAAGGAAAACUUACCUCUCCGCCCAAGAAUCCUCAUAGAAAGUAUUAUAUCAUUGAGAGAAAGAGAUAAGAUACCGAAGGAACGAAAAGCAAGGAAGGAAGGAAGGAAGGAAGGGAUUAUAAUUGAAACGAAAAAUACAGAUCAUUUUUUGUUUAUUCUUUUUUCCUUUUAUAUUUUAACGUGAACAACGAUAUCAUACUAGCGGUUACUACCUGCGAAUUGCAUUUGGUGCUUGACAAACAGGGAAAGAAAAAGAAAAAGAUUUAAACAAAAAAAGAAAAAAAAAAGAAUUACAAACAGAAAGAGAGAAAGAAAGAUAGAUAGAAAAGGUGACACCCAAGCGUAUCAUAAAACGUUUCGUAUUUCAGAAAUAAUACUCACCUGUAUGUAGGAGUAACAGUAAUAGUAGUAGUAUUAGUAAUACCACCUGUCAUUGUUGUUGUUGUUGUUGUUGUUGUUGUUGUUAUUGUUGGUUGGUUGGUUGUUUGUUGCAACGUUCUGUGAACUGAACCUUCGGGAUAUUAAAGUAUAAUACGUUCGUGAAUGUGCGCUAGUGAAUUGGUGGUGGUUGUUAUUGUGAUAGUGGUGGUGGUUCGUGCGAAAGUAGAAAAAGACGAGCCUGAAAAACAUGGUACACGAAGGCACCGGUUUAUGGCAUGCUGCUGGAUUCAAUGUGUCCAGGUGGCUGAUGGUUAUAAUACAUGGCUAUCGGGUCACCAGUCUCAUCCUGUCUAUCCUACUUAACGUGUUGGUACCUACCGGUAUCAUGGAUCAAACGUAAGACCGUUCAGGAAUUAUUGACGGUUGGCAUGAUAACUUACGCCAACGAUGAACGAUUUCAAGUAAUACAUUUUCAUCACAGCGAAGAUUGGACCCUACAAAUAAAAUACGUACAGGGCAGGGAUGCAGGACUUUACCAAUGUCAGGUCUCAACUCAUCCACCUACGAGUAUAUUUUUAUUUCUCGAGGUUGUCGAAGCCAGAGCGGAGAUAAGCGGACCCCCGGAGAAAUACGUGAGGCCCGGAAGUACUCUUCAACUUCACUGCAUCGUCAGGAAGUCAACGGAAACACCGUCUUAUCUAUUCUGGUACCACAACUAUCGAAUGAUCAACUACGACAUAGAACGUGGCGUCAAUGUCAGCACCGAUCUGAUAGCACGGGAAAGUUGGCUCGAGGUACCACGUGCAUCUGAUCGACAUUCGGGCAACUACACCUGCGAAACCAGCAACGCUUUACCUGCACGUGUACUUGUCCUUGUCAUCAAAGGCGACAACCCGGCAGCAAUGCAACACAGUUUAGCAACAUUUUCGUCCACGUUUUCUCAUAGAUUACAUUAUUUCAUUAUAUCUCACAUUUUUAUCAUUAUCUUAUCAUAAAUAAUAAUAUAGUCUUUUUAGGAAAUGUUCACCCAAGGUUAGCAAAAAUUACUGUUACAAAAUGAUACGAAUUUCGAUCGAAUAUUAUUCGUCAAUUAACAAAAUUAAGUUUUCAUCAUUAUACUUACAAUAUAUUAUCGUUAUUUCAAUAUUUGUAUUAUCUAAUAAUUUGAAACAGUAAUUUAGCUAACAUUAAUGAACUAUAUUAUAUGGUGUAUUAUCAACACUAAACGUACCAUUGUGUUCAAAUGAUCGGUUAUUCAUGAAUUUACAUUUUUCUUUGUAACAUCAUCGUAUUAUAUUACCUUCGAUUAAAUAACCACCGGUCAUUUGAUCUCUAUUUCAAAUUAAUUAUAAAUAAGAAUUACGUAUAAGCUGUUAAUAGGUUUAGCGUUAAUAACUGUGUGUGAUGAAGAAAUUUGAAGAAGUCUCGUACGAAUGAGAGACGGUGAGUAUUCGAAUUAAUCUAAAUAAACUUUUUCGAAUGGAAAAAAGAGAAAUGGUGAAAUGGCGAAAGAGGAAACUUCGGAGGAGGGACGGGGGAAUAGGAAAUGUCGAGUUCGUGAGAAUCACACGUGCGUGGUGGGUGCAUAGGUGAAUGUUGGUGCACAGAUGGAAGAAUUAUCUAGCGAUCCGUCCCCGUAACAUUCGGUAUGAUUAAUGGUGAUGAUCUUAUCGCGAUCCUAGCUUUGUCAGUACGCAAGUCUUGGCUAGGUUCUAUGUCAUGAACCAUAUCGCAAUUUCCAUGAGAUACUCCUGUAAUAUCACGUAAACGAUUUCAAUCCAAUCUAUAACUUACCCAACGAGUUUGAUUAUAUUACCUAAGGGGGAAAUAUUACUAACUAUAAUAACUUUGACUAUAGUCGAAUAAUAACUCUCAAUGUAUUUCCAAGAUACACAAGAAGAAAAAGAAGAAGAAGAAGAAGAAUGCUGAUAUUUUCGACCACAUUAACAUCGUUCACAAUACUUUUACAACGAAUCCAAAAGAAAAAGAAAAAAAAAGUGAAAUUAACUUGAGUAAUACACGCAUAACCCUAUAUGCAUAUAUAUAUGCGCGUGUAUCGAUCGAUGUACCAAAUUACAUGUAAAGCAAAGCGUGUUUUAUCUUUUGACAGGUAAUACGAUUUAAUCGUCCGUUCCAACGUAAUCCCCAUGGAUAUUAUAAAUCGUUUAUUAUAAUUCUUACAUUUAAUUAUAUUUUUCUUCUUAAUCGCAUAAAAGAUCACGCUUGCUGGGAAAAAGAAAUAUUGAUUCGAUCGUUUAUUAUAAAAUUCAAUUAUCCUACGUCUUCUUUUUUCUUUUUUCAUUAAGAGGAUUCGUUGUUAAUGAUAAUUAAAAAGAUUUUACUUUUUUUUGUAACUUCAAUUAGAAUUAAUCUCGAUACACAUUAGAUUUGACUCGUUUUAAUUUCAACUCGUCACAUGUUUAACUUCAAUCAAAGACAGAACGUAGCAACAUUGAUCGAUUAACGUCCCAUUUGGGAGUCCGAUAAUACGCAUUGUUGUCAGUGUUAUCCCCAGCCCUCAUCCCCUUCCCCCAAACACCACCCAGAUCUCCAACAUCAAUUAAUCGGCAAAUCGCACGUUAAUACGCUUGGUGAUCCUAUGUAAACCCUCUCGAUAAGAGACUUAACAAUAUCAAUAUCCUGGAAUAUCUAUUACUUAGAAUAACUUAUCCUUACGAUUUUAUGUAUUUCAUUAAUAAUGGAAACCCCAUAGAUAGCAUAAUCAAGAACAAUAAUUUCUUGUCGACAUGUUACUCCAUUAUACCUCGUUCCGGUCUAAUUGUGAAUAUGUGUAUCUCACUUCAGUAAAUUACAAAUUAGCUUUAAUGCGUAAUCAACUAGAAUUACAACAUUCUCUACACGUUAAGUACUUACACGGCAACAAUAAUUAAUCGAAUUUAUUAAAUAUUCGAUUAACAAGACGUUUUUUCAUUUUUUCUUUCCCCCCUGUUUCUUUUUUUUUUUUUUUAUUCAUUUAUUUAUAUAUUAAUAACGCGCGAACGAAUGUCAACAAAUUAUUUUCUAUCGAAUUUAUUUUCUUUUAUAUUCGAAUUUCACGGAUAGAAUUUAAUUGUGCGAAUAUUUUUAUUAAUUAGGAUAAAUUUUGUUCCGUAUGCAAAGUAACAAAAGAAAGGGAAAUUAAUUAACUUUCUUUAUUUAUACGGGGAUGUAAUAUACGGAUAAUAUUUUACUACGCAUAAAAACGAGACUUUACUUUUUCAUUACUUUUCCUUUACCCAAGCAAUUUAAAAAGAAUAAACAAAAAAUGAAAAAUAAUAUAAAGAGGGAGGAAAUUAAUUUUUUUCUUGGUAUUUUAUUUCUUUCCUUUUUUUUCAUUGAAUUUUUUUAUUCCUAUUUCGAUUAUUCGAAAUUAAUGACAUAUAAACGAGAGACUUGCCUUUUUGAUUAUUCUUAUUACCCCAUAUCCCGUGAUUUUAAUUUAAAAAACAAAAAAAAAAUAAAUACGAGAGAGACAGGAAAUUGAAUUUCUUCGAAAUGUUUCAUUCUUGUUUUUUUCUUUUUAUAAAAUCUUAUUCGAAUUUCCGUUAAAGAUAAAAUCAACGAUAACAGAAAUGGGAGACUAUUUUUCAUUGCGAAUAUUUUUGCUUAUCAAAUUUUUAUUAUAUGGCAUACGAGUUUUAUAUUUCGUAUAGUUCAAAUAAAUUUCGCGAAUUUUCGAUUAUUCAUAAUAAAUAUUCUUGCGACGAAUUGGUUGAAUACAUUUUCUAAAACUCGUUUGGAAAAGCUAAAAAAAGAAAAAAAAGAAAAAAAAAUGAAAUAAAAUCCGUAUGCCGCAAAGGUAUUAUGCGUUUUUAAUCAAUGCCAUAAAAAAAAAAAGAAAAAAAAAAAAAAAAAAAAAAAAAAAAAAAACCCAAAAUCGAUGUCCCAUUUCCCUUUGAACAUCAUUCAUUAAAAGAGUCAUCGAUAUCACUAUCUCUCUUUCUCUCUUUCUAGCUUCCUCACUGCUCUACGACCUUUUAUUGCUUCUCCAAACCCCAUUCCACCCGUUACUGCAACCACCACAUGCAAUUUCGUAAUUUUGUUCUCCCCCUCAUCUAUUUGUAACAUCAUAACAAACUAACUAAAUCGAUUAAUCUUAAAAUCGUUAUGUAAUACAUUCGAACUAAUAAAAUAUAAAAUCAAAAAAAAGAACAAAAUGAAAAUAAUGACAACGUAAAGAUACUGUACUCUUGAAACUUGUCAAAUUAUUUGUUUCUCAACGACGACGACGUCGACGGAUGGAACAUAAACAAAAGAAAAACAAUACCAACAAAUAUUUCCAAGAGAAAAAUUUAUAGUAAAGGGAAAAGAAAGAAGAAAAGAAAAGAAAAGAAAAAUAAAAAGACAAAGAGAAAGAUAGGAACGUUAUAUUUUUCAAGCAAAACAUUUGAAACAAACAUCCCGUUGCAAAAUGCAAAUGCAAAAGAAAAUAAAAAAACAAGAUAUUAACAAAAAGACGAAGAAAAUAAAAAUCGAAAGGAAUAAAAAUCCAAAACGGGGAUCAAAUAAACGACAAGUAAAACAGAAAAAGAAAAACAAAAUCAAUCCCCCAUCGAAAGAUAUUACGAAAAAAAAAACAAACGAAUAAAAAUAAUAUUGGAAAUAACAUGAUCAAACAUAAGAAUAGCCUAAAGAUAUUAUCCUCGCGUUAUGGUCUGUUCCACGCUGGCAAACCUUGUUCAUAACGUUUAAAUUAGGGUUUCUAUUCAAGUUUCGU